GCGUAACAAAAGUUUGAAAAAUCGCCGACAACUUCAGCUCAAACAAAAAAAAAUUAUAAUAAAAAUAAAAAAGAAAAAUACGAGUUAAAAACACUCGCACGACUUAAGAGCCAAAAAAAACCAAAAGCUCUCAAGUGUUUCACUCUUUUACGUUGCCUCCCCCCCUUCCCUUCAAAAUAUUCGCGACUUUUUGCGAGCGUGUAUGUGUGUGUUUUUUGUACGUGCUUAUGGAAUUUUGACAAUUUCGUGUGUUGUCAGUCGAAAGUUUUUUGUUGUUAUCUUUUCUUCGAUCAAUUCGUCAACGCAACGGGAAGCUGCUGUGUUGGAAUACGCGCUCACUGUGUGAGAGAGGCUCUCCCAAAAGUCGUGUGGUUGCCAGGAUGCAGAAAACGCGGCAUUAGCCACAGCAGCCAACGGAGGAGCUAAAACGCAGGACACGCAGGAGCAGCAGGAGCAGGCGCACCACAAGCAGCAGAAGACGCGAGAGCAAACCGCGAGAGAGAGAGUGAAGGAGAGAGAGAGGGGUUUUUGUUAACCAUGUCACAGCAAGUGUACUCGGCGCAUCCAGCGCUGGCCGCUGAGCAGCUGGCAGCGCCGAGCAGCUCCACAAACGCCACAAGUGGCAGCAUCAGCGGCAGCAGGCGGAAGGUCACGCCCAAAAAGUACACACUAAGCAGAAGCUGUGCGGCGCUAGCAGCUGCAGCAGCGGCAGCCAAAGCAGCAGCAGCAGCAGCAGCCGAGGCAGAGGCAGAGCCAACAACAACAGCAGCAAGGACAGCUAGCGGCAGCGAAUCGUGCCACACGCGCAAAACGCAGCCGACGCGAACAAAUCUGGCGGCGGUGGACGAUGAUGAUGACAUCGAGUGCGAGGAUGUGGACGAUGUCAACUUUGGCGUGCAGCAGCAGCAGCAGCAGCAGCCGAUUGUGAGGCAAACAACAACAACAACAACAACAACCAAAGACAAUGGCUACGAUGAGACGGACCAUGUGCAGUUGCGCCACAAGCGCCACAGCCGACAAAUGCCACACAAACAGCUGGACCGAGGGGGAGGCGGCGGACUGGUGGCCGCCUCAGCGACAGCUCUGACUGGUUCCAUUAGCGAUCUGAGCAGCGUACUGAGCUCGCCCUCGGCCAGCACAGUCUCCUCGGCGCAGUCGACGCCCACGCGAACGGCGCCGUUGCAGCUGCAGCUCCAGCUGCAGCACAGCCAUCAGCAUUGCUGCCACAAGCAGUCGAAGCAGUCGGCGGCAGCAGCAGCAGCAGCAGCAGCAACAGACGGAGCCACACACCAGCCACAUCAGCAGUCGAGUCGCCACCAGCCGAAGCAUCAACAGCAGCAGCAGCAGCAUCAUCAUCAUCACCAUCAUCAUCAUGCUGCGGCCGCUGCUGCAGCGGGCUGUGGCGCCAACGCCGCCAGCUCCUUCAAGAGCAAGAAACUUGAUCCGCGCUUCAGCCCGUCACCGUAUCGCCAGCUAUUGCCCAUAUUCCUGUGCCUGCUCUCGUUUGCGCUGGUCUUUGCCACGUUAAUUGUUUACAUGGACACGACAGAAAUCCGGCAUCAGCAAUUCCGGCUAAACAUGUCGCGCGACUACGAGCUGAACAGCGUGGCGCAAGACGAUCCCGCACUAAUUGCAUUCCUGCGCCAGAUCCAUAUGCGCAAGUAUAUGUAUAUGGCCAAAAGUGGCGCCGUCUCCAGCUCGGGCAAGGCGCCAGCUGCCAGCGCAGCUGUACCGCCCGCCGGCACGGGCAACAGCAGCGGCGGCGACAGCGUUGCCGAUCAGCUGGCGCACUAUGUGUCCGAUCUGGUCGGUGGGAAGCUGAAUGGCGCGGUCAUUCAAUCGCUGAGCGGUCCGCUGGCGCAUCUGAUAACGGCGCCCUGGCUGAGCGAUCAGCUCAACUGGAUGGGCGUCCUGGUGGAGCCGGAGCCGCGCUGGUAUUUCGCGUUGCGCAAACAGAAUGCGCAACGGCAGCGUAUGCAGGUGGUGCAUGCCUGCGUUUCGCCCAAUCCCUUUCCCAAAGAGAUAACCAUACACAAUGAGGAUGUGCGCAUAAAUAGUUUGCACGACGAGGAGACGUCGUGGUUCAAUUCGCGUGUCAAAUGCUUUCCGCUCUACACAAUCAUGCUGGCAUGUGAGCGCACCGAAUACGAUCUGCUCAGUCUGGGCGUGCAGGGGCAUGAGCUGGAGAUCUUGCAGACGCUGCCCUUUGACAAGAUCAAAAUCGACAUCAUUUCGAUACAUUUGCUGGAGGAUCACGAAGAUGUGCUCGAUUAUGUGCAGAGCAUAACCAAGUUCCUAGCUGGCAAAUUCUAUAAAUUGCAGCGCAAAAUCGGACGCAAUUAUUUCUAUCAGCGGCUCAAUGCCAGCGCCGGACGGACGCGCAAAAAGGACAUACUGCUGCUCAAGACGCCACAACAAUAACAACAACAACAACAACGAAUUGAGGACUAAAAGCCUUUAUAAAAUA